AUGAAGCUUUCUUUUCAGCCAGAUGACCUGCUCUCUACACAAAGGGAAUUCGAAAUCGUCCAAGCCAAAGAUGAUGUCUUUGGAAAGCCAGUUAGGAAGCCACAGGAUCCGCCAAUAAAAUCACUUUUGGCGUUUGAAGAAGAACUGAAUUAUCCGAUAAAGGAAAAUGAGAAGCAAAAAUGGAUUUCUGAAGCCAAAGAUGAGUAUCGUGGGUAUUUUUUUAAUGCGGCUGAUAGGAAUUAUUAUAGAUUGAAAGCAGAGACCGCAAGCACCUAUUUGAAUUACCAAAUAAAUGAGCCUAAACAAGAAGAAAUUCAAGAGGAUAAUCAGGAAGAAGAAAAGGUUGCUGCUAAGGAAGUGAAGCAAACAGACACCGCAGAAGAAAAACCUAAGGAAACUCCGAAGCAGACCAGCAAGAAACCUCAGCAAAAGGCUAUAAUAAAGUCACAAGUCAAUAAACCGAAACCCGCACAGCAGCAAAAACCAAAGGAAAGUGCCCCAAAAAGACCUUUGAGUGCUUCUAAGUCUACAAACUCUCUUCAGAGACCAGCAUCCUCAGGUAAAGUAAUAAACAACGAUGACGGAAGAAAAGAACGCCAAGAUGCUCGAAUUAAACAACUUAAUCAAACUACUCGUUGGCUUCCGAACUCUGCAUUCACCACUUAUUUCGGAAAGCCAGCAUUUGCAAACUACGGCCAAGGCAACGUGAACCCUGUAAAAGGUGGCUAUUUAUAUGGAGAUUAUAUGAAAACCUACAACAUUGCUCCCCAUGAAGGUUUAAAUAACCCUGAGUAUGCCCAAGUUUAUAAAAACACCGAAAUGCGCGGACUAAUGAAGAAGCCACGAUCUCCUGAGCCUCCUAGAAAAUGCAAGGACGAGGAUAGGCUAUCACAAGAGCAGGUUGCAGAACUGAAAAGGAGAUCCGAAAUUAUUGCUGAGCUGAAAAAUACACCUUCUAAGAGAAUAAUUAAGCCAAAUUUAUAUGAGGUCAAGACUUUUAAGAGUGUUCAUAGCACACCGAAUUCAUCGUUUGAAGAAGACAAAAAAGACGAAGAGGAAGAAGAAGAAGUGCUGGAUACUGUGAAAAGUGGGUCUGUGAGGAAAGAAAAAACUAAAGUAGAGAGACAAAGCAGUAAAACUAAGCAGCCUUUACCAAAAAGGACAGUUGAAAGCCAAAAUAGUCCUCAGAUCAGCAAACAAACUCCAUUAGCAAGCCAGCGAAGAGAAGUCCCUGAAAUAAGCUAUGAAGAAGAGCAAGUCAAUACAUCCCCACCUCCUUUUGUUCAAGCUACACCAAUGCCUAAGAAGCAAGCUACUCAAUUAGCACCUCCACAAAACAAACUUCCAGUUCCUCAAGUUCAAACCCCAUUAAAUAGGCAGCCGAUCCAAUCCACAAUAACUCCAGAUCAACAAAUUGAUACUGAUUGUGUCACUCCUGCAGAAAAAUACCCUGAUCCAGGCACUGAAUCCGAGCCUCCAAGCCUCACUGAAGAAAACCCUCAUCAAUGCACUCACCCCGGUCGUUUUUCUACCACCUAUAGAGACAACAUGUCUCUAAAAAUCGUUGGGAGUCCCAAAUUUACCAGAAUUUCAGAAAUAAAGCCAGAAGAGCUCUGCCCUCCUAACUCUCUCUCAGAUCUACCAUUCGAAGAACUUGACCCAAAGAACUACAAGCAGCUUCCUCCUACUUUCACCAAACGAAUCCCUGCAGCAGGCAAACUCAGCUAUAAAUCCCUUUCAGCUUAUAGCGUGAUCUUCCCUGAAUCUUAA